CCCAGCAACAAUACAUCAAUGAUUCCUACCUUCCUGCUGGUAGGCAUCCCAGGACUGGUGACUACACCAUCAUGGUGGGCCCUAAUUUUUAUUGCCAUUUACCUCCUGUGUGCUCUGGGAAAUGGAACAGUUCUCUGGGUUAUUGCUGUGGAGCCCUCACUCCACCGCCCAAUGUACUACUUUCUCUUCCUGCUGGGUGUGUCAGACAUGGGUCUGGUCACAGCGCUAAUGCCCACAUUGCUGAAACUUUCCCUUUUUGAGUCCCACACAGUUCCAGCAUUUGCCUGCUUCCUCCAGAUGUUCUUUAUUCAUUUUUUUUCUGUCAUGGAGUCCUCUGUUCUGCUUGCAAUGGCCUUUGACCGGGCACUGGCUAUCUGUCAUCCUCUCCGUUAUCCAGCUCUACUCACAAAUAGCGUAACUACCAAGAUAGGACUGAUCAUCAUCUUCUGUUGUGCGAGUCUCCAUCUACCCUUGCCAUUUCUUUUGGCCUGGAUGCCUUACUGCCAUCCCCAGGCCUUAUCCCACUCUUAUUGCUUACAUCCAGAUAUUUCCCGGCUAUCCUGUCCUGGGGCCCAAGGUGCAACCUACAGCUUCUUUGUAGUCUUGUCUGCUAUGGGUUUGGACCCUGUCCUCAUCUUUUUGUCCUAUGCCCUCAUUGGACAGGCACUUCGUGAUGUAGUUUCACCUGAAGAUCGUCGCCGUGCCCAGAACACCUGUGCUGUACACAUCUCUGCUGUGCUUCUUUUCUAUGUACCUAUGAUACUCCUAGCAUUUGUUGACCGACUGAGGUUACCCAUUCCCCAUGCUGCCCACACUUUUCUCUCCUAUAUCCACUUCCUUCUUCCACCUCUGCUCAACCCCGUUCUCUAUAGUGUCAAGAUGAGAGAGGUCAGGGAAAAGAUCCUCAGACAGCUUCAACCUAUGAAAGUCAGAUCUUUUCCAUGA